AUGCUUCUAUUUCUAUACUCUGCGGCCCUCUUGACGGCUCAACACCUGGCUGUCGCUCAUCCUACCAUGAGGCGCACCGAUGUCAAAAAUGGCACGCUUGCACAAGACAUCUGGAUUAACGGGGAGCAAGUACCCCGUGGAGGUCUCACUGCGACUGCCGGGAGAUGUCUACCGUCAGAUGAUGUCAUGCAGUGCGCUGAAAAGAUCGCCGAAAGCUGGAACGUUGGCUCAUCUUCAGCACCGGCUAGCCGAUCGGUCAAGGUCCCUUGUACUAUCAAUGACCCUGCAAAUGGCCAUGUCGGAGCCUGCUACUUCAAUGCAGAUAUUACUGUCGACUAUUCAGGAUGCAAAGUUUCCGAUCCUGUCAUCGUGAGCAAGAACCCAUUGUUCUUCUGCAACACUGCUUGUGCAGCUUGCCAGGAGCAAUUCCAAUUUACACACAUUGAGACUGAUACACACACCUAUACAUUCGAUCUCAAGACCUCGGUGAAAGCGGGGGUAAACUUUGAAUUUUUUGCAGCUGAAGUCGGUGUGGAAGCAGGAUGGUCGAAUGCUUGGUCGGAAUCUUCCACCAACACUUCAACAGUCACCAGGACGUACAACAUGAACGAUGGUGACAUGUGUGCGCCAACCAAUAUUCAGUACAAAGUUAACUGCGAUGCUACAAUCUCAGGAUUUCCGCCCGCGCCGCAAAAUUGGCCAAACACUAUCUAUGACAGCUACGGCAACUCUCUAGGGACGUAUUGGGUUUGUGGUGACUACAGAAUCGGAGGCGUUGAUGAGAUCUGCACUGCCCGCAAUAACCCGACAACUCCUGUCUCUGUGGAUUUAGGAUCUGGCUCAAGUGAUGGCAGUUCCUGGUCCAUUGAAGGAUGCAUGUACUCAUAG